AUGGCCGGUUCGCUCCGGUUCCGGUUCGCCGGGUUCGCGGUCCCGACCGCCGUCAGACCGGUUAAAUCCGGUCCGAUGAUAAUCCGGUUUCGCCAGCAACCGAACCGGCCGGCCGGCCGGGUGCCGGUUCAACCGGUAACGGGGCUGCAGGCUGAGCUGUCGAGAUUAUUGGAGGAUAAAAGAUCUGCAUCUCUCAGAGCAGAGGAACUGGAAACAGCUUUGAUGGAGAUGGUUAAGCAGGACAACAGGCGUCUUUUGAGUGCAAAGGUUGAGCAUUUGGAGAAAGAGGUGUCUGAGUUGCAUCAAGUUCUUACUGACAAGCAGGAACAAGAACGUGCCAUGAUUCAGGCCUUGAUGAAGAUGGAAAAAGAACAGAAGGUUGCAGAAGAUGCACGGAUAUCUGCUGAACAAGGUGCUGCAGCUAAAAAAUAUGAAGCUCAUGUUUUACAGGAAAAGUAUGAAGAAGCCAUGAACGAACUUGCACAAAUGGAGAAACGUGCUGUAAUGGCGGAAACCUUGCUGGAGGCUACAGUUCAGUACCAGUCUGAUCAAGUGAAAGCCCAGCAACAAAAACUUCAUUCUCCACGAACUCCGCGGACUUGUGAAGAUUCACUUGCCAGAAGAGGCUUACUUUCAAGACCAUUUGGACUUGGAUGGCUUCACAAGAAUAAGAGUAAACCAAAUGAUGCAGAAGACUCCAAAGAGCUCAAAUUGCCCAAUAAUGGUGAGCUAAAAGUCUCCACUUCCCAUGAAGAUGCAAUGGCCACCAAGUUUUCUGGCUCACCCAACUAAUUUUAUUUGAAUCCAGCCAUGUAAUUCCUGUAUACCUUAAGUUUUAGAGGGCUGCAGGCUUUAUAUUUUUUUAGUUUUUCUGUUGUAAUCUGUUCUGAUAAUCAAUUUAUUUGCUUGUUCUUUAAUUUUUUCAUCUAUUGCUGUUCUGUAGCUGGAGGAAACUAUGCAAGCAGAGGCUAUUACUGUUCAAAGUUUCCAGUAAUGCUAUUAUUUUUGUUGACAA